CCCCAGAUGGGAUCAUCAUUUUCAUGCCUCCCCAGCUAAACAUUUCCAAUUUUUCCCACAAUUUGCGAUCCCCCUUCACAUAUCUGUAUCGAUUUCGUCUGGAACUUACUCUUUUCGCGAUUAGUUUGAUAGUUUUGGUUUUCACUUUUUACGAUUGUCUAGAUUAUCUCCCCCCUCCAAAGCUUCUGUAAAUCAAGGGCGGUGAAUGAAUUAGAAUCACUCUAAUCAUUGGCCACGACCCAUUUCGUCCUUAUUGAGUUUAGACUUGGUUUUCGGCUGGGUAUGGGUAAAUCAUGUGGGAGUGGAGAGUUUUAUGUGACCUUAGCGUGUGAUUGGAGACCAAAAGAGCGAAAUCUUGUUUUGUUUUGUUUUGUUUUUUUUUUUUUGACCCGCUCUUCAGAUCUUGCUAUCAUUCUAAUAUGAUGCAUCGGUUAGAGAAUUCGAAGUUUCUUAUAUUUAAUUAUUCAUAAUUUGUUGGUUUAGAUGGUAUGCAGCUACAAUAUAAGGAAUGUGAUUGCUCAGGCUGGACAUAUAGGAAUAAUCAACAGACGGGUCCAAAUCAAAUAUUUGUGGAGGAGCUUACCUGCCAAUCUUGGAUUUGCUCACACCUGGAAGCGUGAAUUUAGAACAAGUCUCAUGAUGAUGGUCGAUACGGGUGCAUCGGAAAAUCGCGGGCUGAUUGUUGAUCAGCAUCCAGAGAAAGAUGAAGAUGGUGGCUAUGCCAGUGGAGGGUGGAAAAGCGAUGAUGGGAAACUUAGUUGGGGGUAUUCAAGUUUCAGAGGAAAGAGGGCAACCAUGGAAGAUUUCUUUGAUAUUAAAAUGUCAAAGGUCGAUGGUCAAACAGUCUGCCUUUUUGGCAUUUUUGAUGGUCACGGUGGAUCCCGUGCUGCAGAGUUUCUGAAGGACCAUCUCUUUGAGAAUCUCAUGAAGCAUCCAAAAUUUUUGAUGGAUACCAAAUUAGCAAUCAGUGAAACUUAUCAACAGACCGAUGCUGAAUUUUUGAAUUCAGAAAAAGAUACUUUAAGGGACGAUGGCUCUACUGCUUCAACAGCUUUGCUAGUUGGUAAUCACCUCUAUGUUGCAAAUGUUGGAGAUUCACGUGCUAUAAUAUCAAAGGGUGGUGAAGCUAUCCCCCUUUCUGAGGACCAUAAGCCGAACAGAACUGACGAGCGAAGGAGAAUUGAAAACGCCGGGGGUGUUGUCAUGUGGGCUGGUACUUGGAGGGUAGGAGGAGUUUUAGCAAUGUCCCGUGCUUUUGGUAACAAGAUGUUGAAGCAGUUUGUCGUGGCAGAUCCCGAGAUUCAGGAUCUCGAAGUUGACAAAGACAUUGAGUUGCUCGUUCUCGCAAGCGAUGGACUUUGGGACGUGGUACGCAACGAGGAUGCAGUAUUAGUUGCUGGGAAGGAGGAAGAACCCGAGGCAGCUGCUCGGAAGCUAACCGAAGCAGCAUUUACCCGUGGUAGCGCUGACAACAUAACGUGCAUUGUGGUGAAGUUCCAUCACGGCAAUGCAGGUCCCGCUGCCGAUACUCGAGAUGCGGACUAAGAAUUUUGUAUUGCUCUGUGUAGAUUCUUUUUUCUAGAGAGUGGGAGAGAGAGAGAACAAAGAAAACUUGGAUAUUUGCCUGUUGAUUCAGCACCUGCAGUAAAUGGGUGUGCAUAAGGGCUGGCUUUGAUUUGUUAAUUCAUUUGCAUUCUGUAAUUUGUUUCUUUUUUCUUCCCAAUCUUGUUUAACUGUUUAUUCCUUCACAACUCCACAAUAUCUGUACGGUCUCUGUCUGCAAACUGAUACAGAACAAAUGAAUCUAGUUUGUCCAAUUAAUUCAUGAGUCUCAUAACUUCCUUGA